CCGUAAGCCCUCACUGCUAGAGACACGGAUUUAUCGAAAGCAACAAUCAAUCAAAUGCAAGACUCCUCGAUAUGGCUUCCAUGUCCAGACCACUAACAAGGAAUCUCCGUAACGCUCUUCAGCUUAGAAGUGGCGGGUCCCUCGACUCCCUUCCGAAAUAUUGGAUCCCGUCUUCAUCUUCAUCAUCUCCCUUUUGUAGCUCCGCUUCUGCUGCCACCAUCUCUGCACAGCCUCCAGAAAAAGAGAGUGGUUCAAGAUUGUCAAAAUGGUUACUCUUUUUACCUGGAGCUAUCACUUUUGGCCUUGGAACUUGGCAGGUUCUUAGAAGGCAGGACAAGAUCAAAAUGCUGGAAUAUAGAGAGGGGAGAUUGGCAAUGGAACCGAUGAAGUUCAAUGAUAUAUCUCCAUCUAUUGAACAGCUGGAUGAUUUAGAGUUCAGGAGAGUGGCAUGCAAAGGAGUUUUUUAUGAUAAAAUGUCAAUCUAUGUGGGGCCACGUUCUAGAAAUAUUUCUGGAAUCACUGAAAAUGGCUACUAUAUCAUUACACCACUUAUGCCAGUCUCCAAAAACCCUGAGUGUGUGCAGUCACCGAUUCUUGUCAAUAGAGGAUGGGUACCCCGUAGCUGGAAAGACAAUUCUUUGGAAGUUUCACAAGAUGAUGAACAACCUUCAGAUAUAGCAAUGGCAUCUGCCCAAGGGAGUGAGAAAAGCUCUUGGUGGAGAUUUUGGUCCAAAAAGCCAAAAACUAUUGAGGAAAAAAUCCCUUCCAUCUCUCCUGUAGAAGUUGUUGGAGUCGUUCGUGGUAGUGAAAAACCCAGCAUUUUUGUUCCUGCAAAUGAUCCAAGCUCCUUCCAGUGGUUCUAUGUUGAUGUUCCUGCAAUUGCCCGUGUUUGUGGGCUUCCUGAGAAUACCAUAUAUGUGGAAGACAUUAAUGAAAACUUUAAUUCAGGCUGUCCUUACCCUGUACCCAAGGAUGUUAAUGCCUUGAUUCGAAGUUCAGUCAUGCCACAGGACCAUCUCAAUUAUACACUGACCUGGUAUUCUCUCUCUGCUGCUGUAACAUUCAUGGCCUUUAAGAGACUAAGGCCAAAAAAGAGCCGAAGAUAGCUAGUCUUUACUGUGAGAGAUUUUACUUGGAUAUUGGAACUGCUGAUCGGAGAAGAAAAUGUCUGAAAAUUUUGGUGCAAACUGCAUUCUGAUUGUUUUUCCCUUUUAUUUUAACUAAAUGUGCAUGAAUAUCCAUUGUGGUUUAACAGCUGAUAUGGUGCAACAUUGGGUGGUGCAGGAAUCCCAGCUAUUGGCAUAAGAAAUCUUAAUAGAUCAGUCAUUUCCUG